AUGUCUUCCUCUGAACGUGCAUCUGAACUGGUAAAAUGGGCAACAUCUCACGGCGCCUCCAUCAACCCCUCAGUCCAAGUCUCUGAGCUACCCCAAACAGGCCUUUCAUUCUGCGCAACCGCCAAUACAUCACCUCUUGACACGAUCGUCAGCAUCCCUUCUUCUCUCACGCUCUCUUAUCUCAACACUCUUCCUGGACGUGAUGACCCUAAACCCUUCCCCGCUGGGUUUCUGGCGCAAAAACCGCCCCAUGUCAUUGGUCGCUUUGUUCUUAUCAAGCAUUUCCUCUUGAGGAGGGAGUCUUUCUGGGCGCCCUAUAUACAGGCUAUCCCGCAGCCUGAUGAUCAUGAUUCGUGGUCUCUUCCGCCGUUUUGGCCUGAGGAGGAUGCGGAGUUGUUUGAAGGGACCAACAUCGAGGUGGGCGUUACCAGCAUAAAGGCCAAUGUGAAGCGGGAGUUUAAGACGGCCUAUGAUCUCUUGGUCGCUGAAGCAUGGGAGCCUGAGCUUGUCCAGAAGUUCACUUUGCCCUUGUAUCAAUGGGCCUACAGCAUCUUCUCCAGCAGGAGUUUCCGUCCAAGCCUGGUUCUUGGACCAGAAGAUCAGCAUAGUCUUCCUGAGGGUAUCAAGCUAGAUGACUUUUCCAUUCUCAUGCCACUCUUUGAUGUGGGAAAUCACGAUAUGACUACCGAAGUGCGGUGGGAGCGUGAUGAGAAGAGCAAUGACUGCAGUCUGAAGGUUAGCAAGGCAUAUCAAGCAGGAGAGCAGGUCUUCAACAACUACAGUAUGAAGACAAAUGCCGAACUACUUCUCGGUUAUGGCUUCAUGCUUCCAGAGACGGAGGAGUUACACAACGAUUAUGUCCACGUGCGAAAACGCCAGCCUGCUCAAGGGGAGGCCACCGAAGAAUAUUACAUCUCCUUACGACCCAUCCGACACUCAAGUUCCCUUCUUGCACAGUCUAAGCAAACAGUCCAACUUGGUGAAAACGCCUCCGUUCUAGGAGCGUUCCAGCAUGUCCAGCACGACAUGGUCUGGGACAUUUUCUGUACUCUAGCACCCCCCGAGCAGCGCGCACAGCUCAUCUCUGGUGGGGACACAGACCAGGAACUACAAGAACGCUUCUUCAGCGGUCAGGUUAGUGAGGAUGGACGGAUUUUUAUGCAGCAGACGGCCGCUAUUAUCCAACACAAGGUUAUGCAAGAGCUGGAGAGGCUGCUAGAGACAGAUGUGGAGAUUGUGGGAGGGGGUGAGUUGACGAGGAAUCAGCAUCUGGCGCUGGACUACAGGGCACGAUGCAAGAAAGUGCUUGAGAAUACGCUGGAGGCUAUGAAUAUGGAAGAGUUGUUUGGUGAGGACGAGGACGAGGAAUAG